AUGUCAACUGAACUUGUGAUUAAGAAGUUGGACACUCAACCAAUUGCAGGACAGAAGCCUGGAACGUCUGGUCUGAGAAAGAAGGUCACAGAGUUCAAGACUGGUUAUUAUCUUCAUAACUUUGUACAGAGCAUAUUCAAUGUGCUCCCACCAAAUGAGGUGGCUGGCGCUACCCUGGUUGUCGGAGGUGAUGGUCGUUACUUCAACAAGGAGGCCAUCCAGAUCAUCUUUGCAAUCGCUGCUGCCAACGGUAUCGGUCGUGUACUGGUCGGUCAGAACGGUUUGCUGUCAACUCCCGCCAUCUCUGCAGUGGUACGUGCUCGCAAGGCACUUGGUGCCAUCAUCCUGACAGCAAGCCACAACCCAGGUGGCCCACACGGUGACUUUGGCAUCAAGUACAACAUUGCCAACGGUGGACCUGCCCCAGAGGCCAUCACCAACGCCAUCUUUGCUCAGACUGGCAAGAUCACAUCGAUCAACAUCGCGGAGAACGUGCAUGCCGAUCUCACAAAGCUCGGCGUUACCGAGUGGAAGGGCUUCAAGGUGGAGGUGAUCGACUCGGUAACUGAGUACGCCAGCCUCUUGCAAACAAUCUUUGACUUUGAAGCUAUAAAGAAGUUGGUAGCCCGUCCUGACUUUGUCUUCAACUUUGACGCCAUGUCUGGUGUGACUGGUGUGUACGCCACACGCAUCUUCACCGAGAUGUUGGGCGUCAACACGAGCAACUUGAUCAACUGUGUGCCAUCAGAGGACUUUAACGGUGGUCAUCCCGAUCCCAACCUCACCUACGCCCCAGAGCUCGUCAGCAAGAUGGAGAAGGGACUGUUCGACAUGGGCUGCGCUUCCGAUGGUGAUGGAGACAGGAAUAUGGUGCUCGGCAAGCGAUUCUUUGUCAACCCAUCCGAUUCAGUGGCAGUCAUUGCCAGCAACUUCGCAGCCAUCCCCUACUUCAAGGCCGGUCUGAAGGGCCUGGCUAGAAGUAUGCCUACCAGUGCCGCUUUGGAUCUCGUCGCCAAGAAUCUCAAGAUCCCAUUCUUUGAGGUGCCCACCGGAUGGAAGUUCUUUGGCAACCUCAUGGACGCCAACACAUUGUCAAUCUGUGGUGAGGAGAGCUUUGGCACGGGCUCCGAUCACAUUAGAGAGAAGGAUGGUAUCUGGGCAGUGAUCGCCUGGUUGCAAAUCCUCUCACAUCACAACACCGAUGCCACUAAGCAGUUCGUGUCGCUUGAGAACAUCGUGCACCAGCACUGGAAGAAGUAUGGAAGGAACUAUUACAGCAGAUACGACUAUGAAGAGGUGGACACCAAGCUCGGCGACGAUGUGAUGCGCCAGAUCUCAGAGGGCAUCGCUACACAGAAGCUCGUCGGACAGAAGUUCACCGGCGUCUCUGAUGGACAGUCAUACGAGAUUGCCGCCGUCGACGACUUUGAGUACAAGGACCCCAUCGACCUCUCUGUGUCAUCUCGUCAAGGUCUUCGUAUUCGUUUCACCGAUGGAUCCAGGAUCAUCUACAGACUCAGUGGUACCGGCUCAACUGGUGCCACCAUCCGUGUCUACUUUGACAAGUACGAGAGCACCAGUGGCAACCUCUUCUCCGAGACUCAAACACAUCUCAAGUCUCUCAUCCACAUUGGCCUCGAACUCUCCAGUCUUCAAAAGAUCACUGGAAGAAAGGAGCCAAACGUCAUCACAUAG